CUUUCUCCGCAAGGACCAGAGGGUCCAUAAGACCCUCUCUCCGUUUCUUAUCGCACGACGAUUCUUCGCGAAACCCUUGGAUAAACGAGGAAAUCCGGCAAGAAAACCCUAGAAAACUGCCAAAGAUCCGUUCUUGCCAUCGGGUUCUAUCGAUCUCCCGGAAUCAAUGCUGAAGGUUCUCUCGACUUCCUGCUUCCAGGGCCGAUUGCAGAGCCUCUCCGCGAGGUUGCCGGCGGCUGUCGGCCAUGGCGGAGAAGGGAAGUCCCCCUUGGUCCGUGUCCUGGGAUCUUUGAGGAAUCCGAGCGGCGGAAGCCCGGUUUUUGGGAGGAGGGUGUUCUUCUGCUCGGAAGCCGGCGAUGGUUCCGAUCCGCCGCCGGCGGAGGAUGCGUCCGCCUCCGCUGCAGAAGGUGGUGGGACCGAGGAGGCUGAGUCUAAGGCGUCCUCGGCCAUCAUUCCAACGAAUCCCCGGCCUGAGGAUUACUUGACGGUUAUAGCAUUGCCAUUGCCACAUAGACCCUUAUUUCCUGGUUUUUACAUGCCAAUAUAUGUGAAGGAUCCCAAAUUGUUGGCAGCUUUGGUGGAAAAUCGUAAAAGAUCAGUUGCAUAUGCUGGUGCUUUUCUUCUUAAGGAUGAGCCAGGGGCUGAUCCAAAUCUUGUAUCUGGUUCAGAAACAGAGAAGAAUAUUUAUGAUCUCAAAGGGAAAGAAUUGUUCAAACGCCUUCAUGAAGUUGGAACUCUAGCCCAGAUAACAAGCAUACAAGGGGAUCAAGUAGUGCUCAUUGGUCACCGGCGUUUGAGAAUAACUGAGAUGGUUGAUGAGGAUCCGCUUACUGUAAAAGUUGAUCACCUAAAGGAAAAGCCCUAUAAUAAAGAUGAUGACGUUAUAAAGGCAACCUCUUUUGAAGUUAUAUCUACAUUGAGAGAUGUUUUAAAGACCAGUUCCCUUUGGAGAGAUCAUGUCCAAACUUAUACUCAGCAUAUUGGUGAUUUCAAUUAUCCAAGGCUAGCAGAUUUUGGAGCUGCUAUAUCCGGGGCUAACAAGUUGCUUUGCCAGCAAGUGCUUGAAGAACUAGAUGUGUACAAGCGCUUGAAGUUAACUCUGGAAUUGGUCAAAAAAGAGAUGGAGAUCAGUAAGAUUCAGGAAUCAAUUGCAAAAGCAAUUGAGGAAAAAAUAAGCGGUGAGCAGCGGCGCUAUUUGUUAAAUGAGCAGUUAAAAGCAAUAAAGAAGGAGUUGGGUUUGGAGACUGAUGACAAAACAGCACUCUCUGCAAAGUUUAGAGAAAGGCUUGAACCAAAUAGGGAGAGAUGUCCUCCUCAUGUCUUGCAAGUUAUAGAAGAGGAGCUGACAAAGUUGCAGCUGUUGGAAGCCAGUUCUAGCGAGUUCAAUGUAACUCGUAAUUAUCUUGAUUGGCUGACCUCGUUGCCUUGGGGAAACUACAGUGCUGAAAACUUUGAUGUCCAUCAUGCUCAAAAGAUUUUAGACGAGGACCAUUAUGGUUUAUCUGAUGUGAAGGAAAGGAUAAUGGAGUUUAUAGCUGUUGGAAAAUUAAGAGGAACAUCACAAGGCAAAAUUAUAUGUCUCUCUGGGCCUCCUGGUGUUGGUAAAACUAGCAUUGGUCGCUCCAUUGCACGUGCUUUAAACCGGAAAUUCUACAGAUUCUCUGUAGGAGGCUUGGCAGAUGUGGCUGAAAUCAAGGGUCAUCGUCGUACGUAUAUUGGUGCCAUGCCAGGAAAGAUGGUGCAAUGUCUGAAAAAUGUGGGGACAGCUAACCCUUUGGUUCUUAUUGAUGAAAUUGACAAGUUGGGGAGGGGACAUGCUGGUGAUCCAGCUAGUGCUUUGUUAGAGCUGCUUGACCCUGAGCAAAAUGCAAAUUUCCUUGAUCAUUAUCUUGAUGUUCCAAUCGACCUAUCGAAGGUUCUAUUUGUUUGCACUGCAAAUGUCAUUGAGAUGAUACCAAACCCUCUGUUGGAUAGAAUGGAAGUUAUUGCUCUUGCUGGCUAUAUCACUGAUGAGAAGAUGCAUAUUGCAAGGGACUAUUUAGAGAAAAGUACUCGUGAAGCUUGUGGUAUCAAGCCUGAUCAGGUACAAGUAACUGAUGCGGCUCUACUUGCACUUAUUGAAAAUUAUUGCCGAGAAGCUGGUGUUCGGAAUCUGCAAAAACAAAUUGAGAAGAUAUAUCGCAAGAUUGCUCUGCAACUUGUCCGUCGGGGAGUGACAAAUGGGCCAUCUUCAGAUGUCGGCAUUCAGCAAGCAGAAGUCCAAAGAUCAGGUGACACAUCUAAAGAAUCCGGUGAAAUCAUGGGUGAUGAACAAGUGGGGACGAAUGUGCAGGAUUCUGCCUCAUGUAAGAAGGCAAAUGAAACUGCAUCCAAAGAAGCAGAUGAGUCAAGUGCCCAAAACCUUGCUGUUGAACCUUUGGCAGAAACUGAUCAGGUGGAAACAAAUUCAUCAAGUGAACAGCCCACUAUCUUGGAGGGUGAUAAGGUGAUGGGCAGUGUCAGUGAAGCAGCAGCUAGUGAGGUGGUUGAAAAGGUUGUAGUUGAUGUAUCGAAUCUAGCUGAUUUUGUAGGGAAACCGGUAUUCCAUGCUGAACGGAUAUAUGAUCAGACUCCAGUAGGAGUCGUCAUGGGUCUAGCUUGGACUGCCUUGGGUGGUUCAACUUUAUAUAUUGAGACCACCCAGGUGGAGCAAGGAGAAGGGAAAGGUGCGCUUCAUCUGACAGGUCAGCUUGGAGAUGUAAUGAAGGAGAGUGCCCAAAUAGCUCAUACAGUUGCAAGAGCAAUAUUACUUGAGAAAGAGCCAGAGAAUCUAUUCUUUGCAAACUCGAGGCUCCAUUUGCAUGUUCCAGCAGGUGCUACUCCAAAGGAUGGACCAAGUGCUGGGUGCACUAUGAUCACGUCGAUGCUCUCUCUUGCCAUGAAUAAGCCUGUAAAGAAGGACCUUGCAAUGACUGGUGAAGUAACAUUGACCGGGCGGAUUCUUCCAAUUGGUGGGGUCAAGGAGAAGACCAUUGCAGCAAGGAGGAGUGAGGUGAAGACAAUCAUAUUUCCCUCAGCUAACAGAAGAGACUUUGACGAGCUUGCUGCAAAUGUAAAAGAAGGUCUCGAAGUCCACUUUGUAGAUGAUUAUAACCAAAUAUUUGAGCUGUCUUUUGGAAGCAAUCAGGAGUCCCAAAAGUAACCACUUAUAUGGAACUUCCCUUUGUUGAUCAGAAUUAUCUUAGCAAGUACAAAGUCCUUUGAUUGUGGAGUUCUGACAAGCUGUCAUCGGCAAUCAUAAGACUACAAUUUUGCACUAUUUUGUUGGAGAUCAUUUAUUUUUGAGCUUCUUAAUGGCAUAAUAACAUGCUCUCAGGAACUCACGAAUUAUGACUGCUGCCUUUAGAGUUUCUGGUUAUUUAUAUUAUUCAUCCUAUGUAAAAUUACAUACUACCAGCCUAUCAUCAUCCUAUGUACUAUUAUUUGGAGGUGGUCAAAAGUUACAGCCAAAAUACAAAUAUUAAUAUAGACAUGGGUUUCAUCAUUUUUACA